AUGAUUUUUAAUAUUUUCUUUGGUUUAUUUUGUUUCGUGCCAGUACGAUUUAUAGAAAGUUACACUCUACAUCUGAAAUUCAACGAAUUAAAAGACUCACCUAGAACACAAAACAAAGAUUCAGAAAUAAUAACGAAGGAAUUGUUAGAUAACAUAAUUAAUAUUGCUGAAAAGCAUCAACACGGUCUUACAGAUGCGAUACAUAAAUGUAUCCUCGAAGAGAAGACAAAAGCGAAAAAGCUGCUGUGUAUUCACAAUUUAGAAGAUAAAAGGAAUGCAAGGUCAUGGCAUCAACAAGAUUCUAUACAGGACACAGUUGAAACAUCCAAAUUGGCUGAUCUAUCAAGAUCUUUAGUAGCUAAAUUGAAUUUAGAUAAAAAUGGCUUUGCUGAUGAUUAUAUAGAUUUCCUCAGUCUACGGGAAGGUAAAGAAGACGGCAGACGGGCCAAUGAUUUCGUUUUAAAAAAGAUAUUGCGUACUAACACAGAUUCGGAUUCCGAUAGUUCUGAUUCCGAUUUGAGAAUAAAGAAAUAUAAACAUUCAUUACAAGCGAAAAGGUUUAAGCCCAAAAAAAUUGUACGGAAGGAUCCAUAUCGAUAUAUGCAGGGACCGUCUAGAAUUUACGAAAUGAACUUAGAUAGACGGAGACGUUUGCCACAUUUCCUACCAAAAAGACACUAUUGGGAUGAAAAUGAUUUUAAAGAAUUGAAAAAUUACUGGAUUCACGGUCCACAGGGGAAGUAUCCUGGGGCCUAUAGGAUUCCUUAUUGA